GCACUGUAAAGGCCGUCGUCGGCCCCGUCUACGACCGCUUCGAUGGUGUCCCCCUCGACCUCCUCAAAGUUCCUCGAAGAUGGUUGGUGAGUCUGUCCAGGACCUGGACCGCUGCGUGCCACCGGUGGUGAAGGAGACGAUGGGGCUUGCCCGCUCCGUGGCGGCGGAGAUGCGGUAGGCGGGGCUCGUUGGCACCGCGGCCGUCGAAGCACCCGUACAGGGAGAUGCUCUCACGGCGGGGAGGUUGAGGCGGUGGACCCGCACUCGGUCGUCCUCAGCGGCGGGGAGAAGGGGACGAAGGAAGAAGAAGAGGGUAGUUUGGUCUGAAAAAAAUUCCCGAGCGUUGAAUAGGUAAGUAAUGCCACAUCUUGAAUACACGUUAAAUUGUAAUGACAUGUCUAUAGAUAAAUUGUAGUGGCAUAUUUUGAAACCGUAAAAAUUAUAAUGACAUGAAUCCCUUAAAAAAAGACGCUACCGUACGGUAGCCUGUUGUAUUAACGGGAUCCACUCCGAUUCUGAUACGUAGUAGAUAGCGUAUACAACCGCCAUACAAACGAAAAAAACUACUUCCCGCCAUUUCUCCCCUGCGCUUCUCCCCGUCGUUUCUCCCCUGCGCUUCUCCCCGUCGCCGCCACGGUGCCCCCGGUGCCCCGUCGUCGACUCCCCUGGCACCAUGCUUCCUCGCCGCUGAUUCCGGCUUGGUCUCGCAUGACUCCGCGUGCUCUACCUCGCUCAACGUCGCUGGUGAUACUAUAUGACAGAGGCCUCCCCAGAUCGAGCACCAUGCCAGGCGGGAUUAAGGAUGCUGAAAUAACGAAUGAAACUGCUGGACCAUCAAAUCUGGAAAGAUCUAGAACUGAGAGGCGUCGACAAAACAAUCAAGCUGACGAUCCUGCUAGACAGUUAUUCAAUGAUAAAAUUCCCCUAAAAAAGAAGCUCAAAAUGCUAAAUCGGAUAGCUACACUGAAAGAUGAUGGAACUGUGGUUGUUGAUGUGCCAAGUUCUCUGGAAACAACCGUUGAUGGUGUAGAUGAAGGCUAUGGUGAUGUUACUGUUGAGGAACCGUUGGAUGCAGCAGACAUACCUAUGAGGCCUCCUAUGCAAAUUGUUAUACUUAUUGUGGGUACAAGAGGAGAUGUCCAGCCAUUCAUUGCUAUAGGCAAACGCUUACAGGAUUAUGGACACCGUGUGAGAUUAGCAACCCAUGCAAACUUUAAGGAGUUUGUUCUAACUGCUGGUCUGGAGUUUUACCCUCUUGGCGGUGAUCCUAAAAUUCUUGCUGAAUACAUGGUGAAGAAUAAAGGAUUCCUACCUUCUGGUCCAUCAGAGAUUCCUAUUCAGAGAAAACAGAUAAAAGAAAUUAUAUUCUCUUUGCUACCUGCAUGCAAGGAUGCUGAUCCUGACACUGGUAUUCCUUUUAAGGUUGAUGCUAUUAUUGCUAAUCCACCAGCAUAUGGACAUACUCAUGUGGCAGAGGCACUAAAAGUACCCAUUCAUAUAUUCUUUACCAUGCCAUGGACGCCAACUAGUGAAUUCCCCCAUCCUCUUUCUCGUGUAAAACAGCCGGCUGGAUAUCGCCUGUCUUACCAAAUUGUGGACUCUAUGAUUUGGCUUGGUAUACGGGAUAUGAUAAAUGAAUUUAGGAAGAAAAAGCUGAAGCUGCGUCCUGUAACAUACCUAAGUGGUGCACAGGGUUCUGGGAAUGAUAUUCCUCAUGGGUACAUCUGGAGUCCUCACCUUGUUCCAAAACCAAAAGAUUGGGGCCCCAAGAUAGAUGUUGUUGGAUUUUGCUUCCUUGAUCUCGCUUCCAAUUAUGUGCCUCCUGAACCACUUGUGAAAUGGCUUGAGGCUGGUGACAAGCCCAUAUAUGUUGGGUUUGGUAGUCUUCCAGUUCAAGAUCCAGCAAAGAUGACUGAAAUCAUCGUCAAAGCACUUGAAGCAACUGGUCAGAGAGGUAUCAUCAACAAGGGAUGGGGUGGGCUUGGAACAUUGGCAGAACCAAAAGAUUUUGUAUAUCUACUUGACAACUGCCCCCACGACUGGCUCUUCCUGCAGUGUAAAGCAGUGGUACAUCAUGGUGGUGCUGGAACAACAGCUGCUGGCCUCAAAGCGGCGUGCCCUACAACCAUUGUACCUUUCUUUGGUGACCAACCAUUCUGGGGAGACCGAGUGCAUGCUAGAGGGGUAGGGCCUGCACCUAUACCAGUUGAUCAAUUCAGUUUCCAAAAGUUGGUUGAUGCUAUAAAUUUCAUGAUGGAGCCAGAAGUGAAAGAAAGGGCUGUGGAGCUUGCCAAGGCCAUGGAAUCUGAAGACGGGGUGUCAGGUGCAGUUAGGGUAUUCCUCAAACAUUUACCUUCAAGAACAGAGGAAGCAACACCUCCACAGACAUCAAGCUUCCUGGAAUUCUUAGGUCCUGUAAGUAAGUGUCUUGGUUGCUCAUAGGUGUCAAUUCGGCAAUUGCACAAAGACAAAAGGUAUACCAUUUCUCCUUGCUCAAAGAAGAAAAUAUGGAACACCCCAUGUAAAGAGCAUGAGAAUGGACGCCCUGGAGAGUGUGGUUUACUCUUUUCUUUCCCCUUUUUUUGUGUAUUUAUUUUAUUUUAUUGUGUACAGAGUGCUUGUUGAUACAUCAUUUUGAUGUGCAUAUUUGUCCUGCUCCUGCAGCAAGUAAUUAUCUCAUCCGUCGACCAGUCCUUUCUGUGUAUAUGGAGAAAUGGAGAGGCACCAAUAGUUGACCUGUCCAUUUCUGCAAUGAUUCAAACCAUAACUACAGGUUUAUUGUUUU